AAUAGGGGCCGGACUUUGGAAAGGGAUUCUGUCAGAUUCAUCGACAGUGGAAUUGCUUCUUCAGGCAUAGUGUACCUCGGGCAGAUCCGACAGGCCUUGUCCAAGGCGAAUCAUUCUUUAUCCGCUCAAUAAUAAUUACUUUCUACAGAGUACAACCACAAAAGAUUGGGAUGGAAAGAAUCCGGAGUACUUCCAUCCAUUCAUUCAUCCAUCCUGACCAUCACGUGGCCAUCCUCAACAUUCUUGGACUGUUUCGACGCCCAAUUAUUGACAACCUGGAAACCUUGUCCGAGUCGGAGCUUCCCAUCACUGUCAUCCCAAUUCAAUUGAUCGACUAAUGGGCCUUAUUCUAACAGCGGCUAUUAUACUGGCGCUAUUCCUUUAGAAAGCGCUGCCCCUUUUAUACAAAAGCAAACAUUUAGCUACACUUAUCGACGCCCUCUGAAGAGCCCGAACUUUGAGACCAAGUCCGGUUGAAGCUACUGAAUCGAUUGGCUUGUUGACUCACUAUACUUCCAAAUAUCGCUAAUAGUUCGAUUUUAGACGACGGAUACCAGUCACAUAUAUCGAUGCAAACUCACAGCUAAUGACGGGUCCUGCUACGGAGGAUCGAAGGGGAGCGACCUAGGGGCAUUACACUUACACUCUGCUACUGGCUUCGGCAUCAAUAGAGUUUGAUUGGUGUUUGAGAUCGCAGGCAAAAGGUCAAUAGCUCUUACAAAUUGAAGCAGCACUAUUUUACCUCAAAGCAACUAACUCAAAUAGUCAGACAUAAUUCUUUCCUCGCGGGAGGGAUUGGGAUGACAGUACCGAGUAUGGAAGCUGAAGAUCUCAUAGAUACUUGGUCAUAGUCAACACAACCACUGAGGUACCGCUAGCUAGAACAGUUUUGCAGAAAUAUUGGAGUAGAAUAUGCCUUAGUUAACUAAGACUUAACAAAAUUAUUCGGAG